GAUUGUAUUGCCAUUGAUUUUGGUUCAUCAAAUACAGCAGUUUGUGUGUAUGUUUAUGGGAAGUAUUGUAAUCCUGUAUAUACUGUUGAAACUAACUUUUGUAUUCCAUCUAUUGCAGUGAUUGAUAAAAGAGGAAUAACUGUUAGUGAUAAAUUGGUCAAAUCUCUCCCUUCAAAAGGGUACAUAUAUAACGUCAAACGAAUACUGGGAAAAAAUAAGCAUCAAUUUGAAGAGAGUGAAAUUGGUGAAGAAGUGUUCCACAGUCCCAUCAAUUUCGAUGAUCCCCAAAAUCCGUAUUUUGAAGUAUCAUAUGGAGCUGGAAAUUUGGCAGGAUCUCGAAAUGUUUAUCCUAUUGAAGUAGCAACAGAGAUUCUCAAGAAAUGCAAAGAGGUGGCUGAAGCAAAGCUAGACAGUCGUCUUGAUGUCCGCAAUUGCGUAAUGACAAUUCCUAACUAUUUCUUUGAUACUAGUAAGAAAGCUUUGAGAGAAGCAGCAAAACGAGCUGGUUUGAAUGUUUUGUAUUUUUUGAAAGAACCUACUGCUGCUGGAAUUUGUUGUUUAGAAGAUAAAGAGGAAAUAAUGAAUGGAAAUGAGGAGAAAGUAAUAGACUUAGGUAUAAAAGAAGGAGAAAUGGUAAUGGUAUUUGAUUUUGGAGGAGGUACCUUGGAUUUAACAUUAAUGGUUCGUAAUGGUGACGAUUUUGAUGUGAAAGCUCAAGGUGGUGAUCCGAGUUUGGGUGGAGAUAAGAUUGAUGAAAUCUUUUGUAAAUAUGUAUUACAAAGCUACCAAAAUCAAUAUGGUGAAGAUUUAUUAGGAAAUGACAGAUGUUAUCCUAAACUAUUGGAAUUCUGCCGUCAAGCCAAAGAACAGUUGUCUACUCAAAAUAAAGCUACUAUUUUCAUUUCCGACUUUAUAGAUAAUGACGAUGUAGAAACAAACAAGGAUAUCGAAAUAACUGUCGAAGAAUUCAAUGCCUGUAUACUUAUAGAUGGUGAAAUAAUCAGACGCAUUGAUAGAGCGAUCAAUGAUUUAUUCUUUGAGAAUCGCUAUGAUAAAGAGCACAUUUCUUAUGUUAUUAUGAUUGGAGGUUCUUCAAAGAUUCCUCACAUCCAAAACCAUUUGAAGGAUUUGUUUAAAUCAGUUCCCGUGAGUAAUACCAGAGACUAUAAUCCUCACACAACUGUCGUUGAAGGAGCCAUGCGCGUCAAAGUGAACAAUUGGUAUCAUGAAGUCUCCGAAUCACUUGAAUGUUGCUUAGGAUUCAAAGUGAGCGAUGGGCAUAACAAUUCCGAGAUUCGGAUCGAUUUAUAUCCAGGUCUGAGAAUUCCUUUUACUAUAGAAGAUUACUUCAAUUUGAGCGGAAGUGAUAUUGAUGUAUAUCGAUCAUUCAACGGAAAAGAGAGAAUUGAAGGUACGAUAAAGGUCAAAGAAGCACAAGAAGAAUUUGGUCAACAAAAGAUUAGGGUGAAAAUUACUUGUAACAAAGAUACGAGUAUCAUAUAUUCUGUAUAUUCCGAUGAUCACCGAGAAAUCGGUAAAUUGGAAUUAAGUCCGAAAACCUAUAAUGAUUGA